AUGACAAUGCAGAAGGAUAAGACGAGUUAUCGUGGUAAGCGGAUCAAGUGGCGUGCGAUGCCGUUGGCGACCAUUAAAAUAAUCAAUGCCCGCGAAAUAUUGAGGGCUCCCACUAAUGACAUCGCGAAAACAAAGCAAUGGGGUCUUGCCGGUACUGCAAGAUUGAAUUGGAGUAGAGCUCGAAACAGCGCGAUGGUUAGAGGGCGCGUCAGAUUGAAUGAACCUGUGAUAGGAAUGGAGUUGUAUGCAACAAAGCUGAUG